GUCGAACAUUCUGAACACGCUUUUCUCUGCUCUUCUCUAAAAUCUCUGAUUGGCUGCAAAUCUCGAACGGAUAGCCGGAGAGCCAGUCAUUUUCCAGCGCCUCGCGAAGCAGGACGGUCAAGCCUGCUACACAGGGCUCUCUGAAUCUUUUGCAGCAUUGCAAUUUUCGUCGUUCCCUGUUGUUUUUUGCUGUCAAUACAGAGAUUUUCUCAAGGGCGCCAAGGAAGCUUCUGUGAGGUCAAUCUUCGGGCACAAUGGCGUCCUCUGCUCUUGCCACCCGCAGCGCUGUGUCGCAUGCUUCCCUCUCAAAGUCGUUGAACAAGGAGUUCACUGGGUUGAGGCCCCAGGCAGCUUUCGUGAAGGUGCCAUCAAAGGCUCUUUACACCCCGAGCCGGAGGCAAGCACAGGGGGUGCAGUGCGGGUACUUGGGCUCCGCCACUAACCUGAUCAUGAUUGGCUCUACCACUGCUCUCCUAGUCGCCGGCAGAUUCGGACUUGCACCUUCAGCCAGCAGAACAGCCACCGCUGGGUUGAAACUAGUUGACCAGGACCCCGGUCUUUCCACUGGUGACCCUGCUGGGUUCACAAUCGCUGAUGUGUUCGCUUCAGGCGCCCUAGGACACGUUAUUGGAGUCGGGAUCGUCCUUGGCCUCAAGGCCACUGGCGGCAUCUAGAUAGGAAAGCACACUUGUACAGUUAUAAACAGGUUUGUCCAUCGGCUUUUGCACACGCGCCGGUCUGCCGUGUUUGCCGUCAUUGUGUUGGGACUGCCAUUCAAUCAAUCGCAACUGGAGAUUGCCCGCUCAUUUCCAGGAAGUGCAAGUGUACCAUUGCCUUCCGCGCGUCUGGACUGAGCACUAUCAAGACUUGAAGUAUUUGCACAAGGCUGGUUGCCAGUGAAACUAUCAGACCAAGGUGCAAUUGAGGCCGCACUCACAUUUCAAAGGGACUGGGACUGUCACAUGCCAAGCCAGGGUCUCUGUCUACAGAACUGAAGAUAUGUGCAGAUGGUUUCAGGUUUGGGCAUUAGCAAUGGAGUAAGAGUGUUCCAAGCACAGUUCCUCAACCGGCUUGCAUCAAUCUACUUGCAUAGAUCGGCGGACCCAGCACGUUCAUCGUCGGGGAUGCUCAUGAGUCGAGGCAGUGAUUGCACUUCUGCAAGUGUAAGUGGAUCCGAAAAUCCUUUGUGUGCAUGAGCAUGUGGCCUGAGACUCAUGUGAAGUGUUGGCCGGUCACUCUUUAAAGUCCG